UACCCGCUUAAACUUGCCAACGUUAUCGUCUCCACUGCCACCUCCACAUCCAUGCCUGCGCGACUGAUCCGCCUAACUUGAUGCCGCUCAUGGCCGUCGCCUCCCAACCCUUCCUCUCCUCCUCCCCCACCUCCACCUCGCGCCACAUCCGCCGCGCCAACGUCGCCGUGGCCGCGGCGUCCUCGGCACUGGAUGAGUUCGAGUACCCACUCGCUGACCCCUCCGUCCGCUGGCCUCACCUCCGCUUCCCGCACCUCCCCGCGCCUCGGUUUCCUGCGCCGCCCGUGGCGAAGCCCUCCGAGGGAGAGGAGCCUGAGGCGGAGGCGGCGGCGGGGCCCUCGUCGGCAGCCGUCGAGCCGCUCGACGCGCGGGCGCACCGCGGGCGGGUGAAGAAGCUCAGCAAGCUCGCGCUGCGGCGGGCGCGGGAUUGGCGCGGGCGCGUCGCGGGGCUCGCCGACCGCGUCCUGGCGCUGCCCCCCGGCGCGCCCGUCGGGGAGGUGCUCGACGGCGCGCGCCCCGCGCCCGACGAGCUCGCCUUCGUCGUGCGCGCGGUGGGUGCGGCGUCCUGGCGGCGCGCCCUCGAUGCUUUCGAGUGGUUCGUCGAGAGCGGCGGCGGGCGUGCCCCGGGCCCCCGCGUCGUCGCGGUCGUCCUCGGCGUCCUCGGACGCGCCCGCCAGGACGCUCUCGCGGAGGAGGUCUUCCUCCGCUUCGCCCGCGAGGGUGCCACCGUGCAGGUGUUCAACGCCAUGAUGGGCGUCUACGCCCGUUCCGGCCGUUUCGACGACGUACGUCUGCUGCUUGACGCAAUGCGCGACCAGGACAUCGAGCCUGACCUCGUUAGCUUCAACACCCUUAUCAAUGCCAGGGCUAAGUCAGGGUCUUUGGCCGCCGGUGUCGCUCUUGAGCUCCUACACGAAGUCCGGCAAGCUGGGCUGAGACCCGAUGCCAUCACUUACAACACCCUCAUUAGUGCUUGCUCCCAAGGUUCUAAUUUGGAUGAUGCAGUGGCCGUGUUUGAGGAGAUGAUAGCUUCAGAGUGUCGGCCGGAUUUGUGGACGUAUAAUGCCAUGGUCUCUGUGCACGGCCGGUGUGGGAAGGCACAUGAGGCAGAGUUGAUGUUUAAGGAGCUGUUAGAGAAGGGUUUUCAGCCAGAUGCAGUCACUUACAACUCGCUCCUUUAUGCUUUCGCAAAGGAAGGUGAUGUUGAGAGGGUGGAGCGUGUGUGUGAGGAAUUGGUUAAGGCUGGGUUCAAGAAGGAUGGAAUUACUUAUAAUACAAUGAUUCAUAUGUAUGGAAAGAUGGGGAGGCUUGACUUGGCGCUUGGGCUGUACGAUGAGAUGAGGGCUCUAGGCUGCACACCAGACGCUGUCACCUAUACUGUUUUGGUUGAUUCUUUAGGGAAGAUGGAUAGGAUUUCUGAGGCUGGCAAGGUGCUGGAGGAGAUGGCUGAUGCAGGAUUAAAGCCAACUUUGGUAACUUUUAGUGCUUUGAUAUGUGCAUAUGCCAAAAGUGGGAGACGGGACGAUGCGGAGCGGACAUUUGAUCGUAUGGUUGAAUCAGGAGUCCAACCUGAUCGUUUGGCCUAUUUGGUUAUGCUGGACAUUUUUGCAAGGUCUGGUGAGACAAGAAAACUGAUGGUUCUGUAUCGGAACAUGAUCAAGGAUGGUUAUAAGCCAGAUGAUGGUUUGUAUCAAGUAUUGCUUGCUGCACUCAUAAAGGAAAAUGAACACAAUGAGAUUGAAGGAAUUAUCCAAGACAUGGAGGUCGUUUUAGGAAUGAAUCCACUACAAAUAUCCAGUAUACUCAUCAAGGCAGAAUGCAUUUCUCAGGGUGCUAGUCUGUUAAAGAGGGCAUGCCUCAAAGGAUAUGAGCCUGAGGGUAAGAGCCUACUGUCUAUUUUAGAUGCAUAUGAAAAAAUGGGUAAGCAUGAAGAAGUCCUCUCUUUGCUUGAUUGUAUCCGGGAACAUGUUCCCAGCUCCCAUAACUUAAUAUCUCAAUGUUCAAUCAUGCUUAUGUGCAAAAAUCAGAAGAUUGUUGAUGCCAUUCAAGAGUACAGUAGAAUACAAAUGUUAAAGCAUGGAUAUUUUGGUCAAGACCACGAGUUUUAUGAAUACUUUAUUACUUACCUUGAGGAGGCUGAGUUAUUACGUGAAGCCUGUCAAGUGUUCUGCGAUAUGCAGUUUCUUGGCAUAGUUCCUUCCCAAAAGAUAUACCAGAGUUUGAUUUACACAUACUGUAAAUUGGGAUUCCCAGAAACAGCUUAUCAAUUGAUGGAUGAUGCUGUGAGAUCUGGUAUUUCGUUGAACCUUCUCUCAUGCAGAGUAGCAAUAAUUGAAGCAUAUGGUAAGUUAAAACUUUGGCAGCAGGCAGAAAGUUUUGUGCAAGGACUGAAGCAGGAGUCUGGUGUCGAUAGAAGGAUUUGGAAUGCUUUAAUACAUGCAUAUGCUGAUAGUGGCCUUUAUGAGCAUGCAAGGGCAGUUUUUGACAUUAUGAUUAAAAAGGGUCCUGUACCAACUGUCGAGUCAGUUAAUGGGAUUAUGAGAGCACUUGUCUCUGAUGGUAGGCUGGAUGAGUUGUAUGUGGUUGUUCAGGAACUUCAAGAUUUAGACAUGAAGAUCAGCAGAAGCACAAUACUCCUUAUGCUCGAAGCUUUUGCAAAAGCUGGGGAUGUAUUUGAGGUGAUGAAAAUAUACAAUGGGAUGAAGGCAGCAGGUUACUUGCCAAAUAUGCACCUCUACAGAACAAUGAUCUCCUUGCUCUGCCAUAAUAAACGAUUCAGGGAUGUUGAAUUGAUGGUUGCAGAGAUGGAAGGAGCAGGAUUCAAACCAGAUCUUGUUGUACUUAACACCCUUCUUUUAAUGUAUACUGGGACAGGAAACUUCGACAAGACAAUAGAAGUAUAUCAUAGUAUUCUGGAAGCUGGCUUAGAACCUGAUGAGGAUACAUAUAAUACACUUAUAGUCAUGUACAGUAGAAACUUUAGGCCUGAAGAAGGUUUUACUCUCUUGAAUGAAAUGGGUAAACGGAGUUUGACACCCAAGUUAGAAUCCUACAAAGUCUUGCUUGCUGUGUCUGGAAAAGCAAAACUCUGGGAGCAAGCUGACCUCCUUUUUGAGGACAUGAGAUCAAAGGGGUAUCGAUUAAAUAGAUCUAUCUACCACAUGAUGAUGAAAAUAUAUAGGAAUGCCGGCAACCACUCCAAAGCCGAGCACUUACUAUCAGCAAUGAAAGAAGAUGGCAUUGAACCAACCAUCGCUACUAUGCAUAUCCUCAUGACUUCUUAUGGAACUUCUGGGCACCCAGACGAAGCUGAGAAAGUUCUGAACAGCUUGAAAUCUUCUAAUUUGGAAAUUAGCACUUUGCCAUACAGCACUGUUAUCGAUGCCUACUUGAGAAAUCAUGACUACAAUCUUGGAAUCACAAAGCUAUUAGAAAUGAAAAGAGAUGGUGUAGAACCAGAUCACCAAGUUUGGACAUGUUUCAUCAGGGCUGCUAGUUUGUGUGAGCAGACUGAUGAUGCCAUUCUUCUUCUAAAGUCUUUGCAGGAUUGUGGAUUCGACCUUCCCAUUAGGCUCCUUACUGAGAGGACUUCAUCCCUAUUUACUGAGGUUGACAGCUUCUUGGAAGAACUUGGGGCGUUAGAAGAUUCUGCUCCUUUGAAUUUUGUAAAUGCUCUAGAGGACCUCUUAUGGGCAUUUGAACGUCGAGCAACUGCUUCAUGGAUUUUCCAAUUGGCUGUAAACAGAAGCAUAUACCAUCAUAAUAUCUUUCGAGUGGAAGAAAAAGAUUGGGGAGCUGACUUACGGAAGUUAUCUGCUGGGGCUGCUCUUGUUGCUCUAACAUUGUGGCUUGAUCAGAUGCAAGAUGCUUCACUGCAGGGUGCACCUGACUCCCCAAAAUCUAUUGUAUUGGUCACAGGGGAGGGGGAAUAUAACAUGGUAUCCUUGCAUAAAACUAUCAGGGCAUACCUUUUGGAAAUGGGCUCCCCUUUCCUGCCAUGUAGAAGUCGGUCAGGUCGCUUUGUGGUGAAGGCUUACUCUCUUAAGAUGUGGCUGAAAGAUUCUCCUUUCUGCCUGGACCUUGAGUUGAAAGAUGCUCCAGCUCUUCCUAAAACGAACUCAAUGAAGCUUACUGAAGGAUAUUUCAUGAGAGCCGGUCUUGUAUCCGUAUUUAAAGAUAUACAUGAACGACUUGGAGAAGUAUGGCCAAAGAAGUUUUCAAGACUAGCUCUGUUGUCAGAAGAAAGCAGGGACGAAGUUAUUAAAGCUGAUAUACAAGGAAGGAAAGAAAAACUGGAGAAAAUGAAAAGGCAGGGUCUUGCCAUAGCAAAGAGAUCUAAAAAAGGACAUCGGAGAGGAAAAUUUAUUAAACAACAAAGCACACAGGAGGUUCUAAAGUAGUACUAAGUAUUUGUUUUACUUCACUAUCAGAUAUACCAAGUGUCAUAUGGUGUUUGCAUUAAUGAGAAGCAAUGGUGAUAUUACCAUGGCGUUCAUUGCUCACAGUAGGCAGUGUGAUCAAAGUUUGUUCUUUAAAGCACAAAAGAAUGCAUGUGAUCCCUCUAAGAUAUGAACUGGUGAAAAUAACAUGUUUCACAAUUCACACUGCAUGACACUGCAUGGAAUGGCAUAGUACAAAACAAUCCCUCACAUGAUGUUUUAAUUUGGUAAUACAGAUGAUCUGACAUACUAUUCCCCAGAUUGUGUGCACGUUUCGGCUGCCUGGUGCCUGGUGGGGUUGAGGGAAACCAGGUUAGUACAAAGUAUAAACGCCUUGCAAUUCAGUAUUCAUGCUUAUCUGUUGCAUAUGCACUAACGUUGUCAGGAACACGGGAUAGCAUGGUCUCAUCACAUGAGCAAGCAGGGAACAUCUAUCAGAAAAGAUAGCUACAUCGUGAAUCUUUAAUAAACGAUGCCCAUGCAACAAGAAGCUGACUCUGAGGGAAAAAUGGAAGCAUGCCUCAGGCUGUCAGGCAGGUAUGUCUCGCCGCGCACAUGCUGUUCGACGCAAUGCCCAAGCGGGACAUCGUCUGGUACAAGGCCGUGAUCCUGAUUGCGCGGCUGAUUAGCUCGUCCGCCCUGGGCACGCGCUCGUAGAGAGAUGCGCCGCCGGCCGGUGACGCUUCUUCGUCUGAACAGAUGCAUUCGCACGCGUGCAGCUCAGGCCCUGUGUACGAACGGUGCGGGCGCGCCAUCGCCUGGGUGUUGGAAGAGGUCACCGAGCUGGACUUCGUCUGCUUGUAAGUCAUGACUGUUGUUUGAUUAAAGUUCAAGUUCUACAUGUUACUUUUGAAAGCCUAUGUCUUCAGCAUUAAGUGUUACUUCACAAGGACUCGUGCUUGAUCAAGUUACUUUUGUUAGGUUCACUGCCUUACGAAACUAAGCAAAAUUAUACUGUUACAUUGCCAUGCUGAGCCUAGACCCAGGAUUUAUUCAUAUACUUGGUAAGACAACAAAUAACAAAUAUCACAAGGAUUACACAAGCACACUUACAAUGCUAGCAGUAGGAUG